CAGGCUUCGGUCCCGCACUGUUCCCGUUAACACCGAUGCUUACAGGCGGCUCCCGCCCCGCCUGCCGCUGAGCACGGGCGAGCCCCCGUUCGAGGCUGGCGGGGGUGCCGACCGCCAGGCAGGGGAAGCCCCGGCGGGGAGAGCGCCCGCGGGGCCGUUGGGCACCGGGCCUUUGUCCCGCUGCCGCCGAGCUGGGCCGGGCCGGGCUGGGCCGUGGGGACGGCGGCGCUGCCUGGCGGAGGCGGGACCGGGACCGGGAUCGGGACCGCGCCGCCUCCGCCGCCCGGGUCAAUGGCUUGUGAGAGGCAGCGGCGCCGCGCUGCAGCCUCCCUCCCUCCCGCCCGGCUCCGGGCUGCGCGGCCGAGCGUGAGCGGCCCGUCUGUGGAAAUACAUCGCGUCCAGGCCAGGGGAAGCAGCAGGGAAGGAGGCGUCCCGUCCCCGCGAGGAGGAGGAGGAGGAGGUGGUGGAGGUCGUCUGUGCGUGAGCGCCUGCCCGCGCGUGCAUUGAUGGCUGCGAAGUCCUGCGGCGCCAGCCCAACCGGAGGGACGAUGGGGACCCACUGCCCACUGCCAUGAGGACCAGCCACUGCAGUCACCUGCCGGGAGUCCCGCCGGAGCAUCCGCCGGCACCCAACAGCAAGACCCUGCCCAGUGGCAGCAGCAGUGGUGGCCCAGCUGGCAGCUGCCCGCAGUAUGUCAUGCAGGUGUUGGCCAAAGAUGGGCAGCUGCUCUCCUCCGUCGUGCGGACGCUCGCCACACAGAGCCCCUUCAACGACCGGCCGAUAUGCAGGAUCUGCCACGAGGGCAGCAGCCAGGAAGACCUGCUUUCCCCCUGCGAAUGUACAGGGACCCUGGGGACUAUUCACCGCAGCUGCCUGGAGCGCUGGCUGUCGUCUUCAAACACCAGCUACUGUGAACUCUGCCACUUCAGGUUUGCAGUGGAGCGCAAACCCAGGCCACUGGUGGAGUGGCUGAGGAACCCAGGCCCCCAGCACGAGAAACGGACUCUCUUUGGAGACAUGGUAUGCUUCUUGUUUAUCACUCCGCUGGCGACUAUCUCUGGCUGGUUGUGUCUACGAGGAGCAGUGGACCAUCUGCACUUUAGUAGCAGGCUCGAAGCUGUUGGCCUCAUUGCACUCACUGUUGCACUCUUCACUAUUUACCUCUUUUGGACCCUCGUAUCCUUUAGGUAUCACUGUAGAUUAUACAACAAAUGGCGUCAGACCAAUCAGCGGGUGAUACUCCUAAUCCCAAAGUCUGCCAACAUCCCCUCCAACCAGCAGUCCCUGCUGGGCCUGCAGUCCCUCAGGAGGAACUCAAAGGAGACAAUCGUUUGAUUUGGGCAGUUCUACGCAGGGGCCAUGCACUAAAAAUAUUUUCCUCAAACUCACUGGGGACAGACACCAUCCAGAACCCAGGAGUGUGCUAUUCUGAUUUACAAGCUCUUUGUAGAGUAAUAAAUCACUGUUUGAAUUCAAAUCAUGGAUGCUGCAAUCAUAUGAUAUUUGCUAAGCUGCCAAACUUAUUUAGCAGAUACUGUAUGGAAUUCUACAAGCUCAUGUUAAUACUUGCAUCAUCAAGUGAUGCUAACUUUUUUAUUGUUUAAAAUAUUAAACUCUGAUAAUCAACAAUGCAAAACAGGUUUAAAAACUGCUUUUGUUUUUAUCAUUUCCUGUUUGUACAGUAUUAUUUCUUUAGGUAGCUAGACAGUAACCAGUGCUGUUUUUUCUUUCCUAAAGCACAGCAAUGGCAUUCCCCCAGUUGAUUUUAUUUGAAGGUCCUUUAUACCAAUAUUUUUGAUUAUUAAAAUUUGUGUGUAAUGAGUUCUACAAAUUGGCAUAUUAUUUAAAUGCUAUAAAGUGAUUAAAAAAUUAUCUGUUUCCUAUUUGGCAGGAAAGCUCUGAUAGGAAAACUCUUCAGUAAUAAAUCUAGCAUGUGCAAAACAAAGAAAUGACACAAAUUGCAAUAAUCUUCCUACUCAAAAGUAUUCUAGUAUGUAGCACUCAGGAAAAAAAAAUAAUUGUACUUUUUCCACUCAGAAGCAACAAAUUAAGCAUGACAUUCUGCACUGAAGUGCACAUUCUGCUGGUGUGAAUUCAAACUUAGCCAAUUUACUCUGCAUUUACACCAAGCUGAAUUUAACUCUAAUUGUAAGACUUAUUUUUGUAAGGAAAACUCUGCAUACAUAAUGAAUGAGAUCAUUAGACAUGUUUUAGGAAGCAGGAACUUGUCUUGCAUAAAAGUUAGCAUUAUUUUAAAGCUGCAGAAUUUUCAGCUUGACAGGUAGAUUUAGCAGAGUAUAUGUAAACCCUGACUUCUCAGUGUAGCAUUGGAACUAAGGCUCUUUUUUAAAAAAUGUAAUACACAGCCUACUACGAUGACCAAACUGAAUUUGGAGUGUAAAGACUAGACUUUAUUCCUGGGUGGCAUUAUCUAUUUCCCCUUGGUUUUAUGCCCAAUUCAUUCAGCAAUUCUUCACUCUCAGAAGAGACACACACUUAUGUAGAGAGACUUUAUUUUAAAGAACUGCACAAAAUUUCAUUAACAAAUGCUGCUAGAAUUAGAAAUUGAUACAUAGCCUUUUGAAUAGAUGAAUUUUUUAGAAAUGUGUGCAGAUGGCAAUGCCAAUAUGUGCUUUGUUUUUCAAACUCUGCAGGAACUGAAAAUAAAAAGGAACACCUAGCAAGAAGGCUAGUAAUUUUAAUUCAGAUAGUUCAAGGUAUUAUGGGUGUUUACCAUCAGAGAAGAGCUUAUUUGAUGUUGUGUGUGCUCUAUAGGAGAAAAAGCUUAGUACACAAAACCAAAUCAGUUAUCUUUUUUUAUUCUGUCUUUGGACCAGUCUAGCUGUAGUCAUGUUAUUUAGCAAUAUUGUUUAUAACCGUCAAUUUCAUGGGGAUAAAAGAAUCAACUACCUAUAUAAAGCAACAGCAGCCUCAUUCCGACAUAAAACUUGUUUCACAACAAGCCAAGAUGUGUAAGAAAAUCAUAAACCUGCAGAUCUAUACUUAGUCUGACAAUAAGGUUGGGAUUGGUUAAAUGUUUGGCAGUGAAUACCUGCUUGUCUUCCAGAGAAAACUGCACAAGAUUCUGAAGACAUGGCUAUCAAACUCUGUGAUGGCCUAAAACCUGUAGUGCUUUUUUUAAAACCAUCUUCCCAAAGGCAGCUAUCUGCAUAGAAGACUGAACAUGCAUGUAAGCAGAGUUCUGGCUUAAAAGAAAACCUGCUAGCCAAGGGUGCAGAAAUAAAACAAGUCUAGCUGGGUCCGGACACUGUCAGUGUUUUAAUACCUAUAUAUUUGCUUUAGGUAAGCUUUCUUCAGAAUUUUGUUCCUACUUUGUGUUAUUAAGUACUUAUUCUUGGUUUUGUUUCAUGAAACAAAAAAUUAGGAUGAUAUGGAAUUAAGUAGCAACUAGGAAAACAACUACUCAAAUCAAGCUGCAAGGUAUAUGCACACAGAUCAGCAUAGUGACUUGGCCCAGCUCAUCUGUGUUAUUUCACAUUUCAUUUUUUGUUUAAAAGACAGCUUAUUUAAUCUGAAGAAGGCAUAUUGAAGCAGCCAGAGAGGAAGUAUGGUCCAGUUUAGCAAAUACAUUGCUACUCCAGUUUCUCUGCUUUGAUGCACAAGUAGAGCAAAACUGACUGGUGAAGUCCCUAGCAAUAGUCUCCCAUGCAUUUUCUCGAGAAAAAAAUGCCAGAAAAGAACCCAGUCACACACUUACCCUUUUGCAUUAAACCCAUGGAAAAAAGCAUGCUUCAUGUUCUUCCUUGUUUCUCCUAAAACAUAAGAACAGGAAGGUGGAUGAUACUAAUUCUUAUUCCCACCUCUGGUCUGAACUAAAGAGUUGCAGACAGAAGUCUCCUCCUGACAAGUAUUGCUUUUUCUUCCACUAGUUGAGGCUGUUGCUGCCACACCAAGUCCAAAUUUCAAUUAACAAUUUUAAAACUGGAUCAUUACAGCAAAUAUUCUACAACAGCAGCAAUACUCAUUUUAGUCUGAAUAGAUGUGAAAGACAAAAUUAACUGCAGCAGUAGCUACAGCUAGCAAAGCUCCUGGCAGUACAAUGACAUCUUUGUUAUGCUAUCCUUAAAGAGUUCCCAGUUAAGCAAAAGUUAACUAAUGAAAGGAUGGAGGAGGUUUUUUUUUUUCUUUUUUUAAAUAAUGUCACUCAAUUUCCUUUGUAGCAACAUUAUACUUUCUUCUCAUGCAGCUGGCUUUGCCAUUUACAUUCCUUUUCCUUUAAGAAGUUAUACAGAAGGAGCAGUAUUCAAAUCAGUAUUUUGAGCUGCAAGUGAUAAAAGCAGCAGCAAGUUAAGCCACCCAAAAAAAUGUUGUAAGAAGCUACAGACAUAAUACAGUUUUGUUCCUUCCUUUCGCAUCCUGCUUGCUGAUGACAGAGAUUGUCAUCCUAAGCGUAGAGUUAAACGCACACAGGAUCCACUACAAUUCAGUAUGAGUGCAAUGCAAAGUGAGGAAGUUUUACUUCUACACAGCCUCUUCCCUGCAAGACUAGUCUAUCACGUUACAUAAAACAACAAACAAGACAAAAUUUAGGUAAGGUUAAGCAGUGGUAUUUGACAAAAUGACAAUGCUGAAAAGGUACGAAAAUUCAACAGCAGGAAGCUAUGCAACUCCUCACUUCCUAUUGUAGUGAGAAUAAAACAGGAAGCAGCAGUAUAAACCACUUAAGGGGGAAACCACAUUCAGUGGAUAGAAGAAACUGAUACAGAAGGACGUAACUGAAGAUUUAGAAAUAACAUAGCCUUCUGUUCAGCUGGAAGUAAGUCACAGCAUAAGUAGGAUUACAGAUGCUUUCAGUUUUUGGAUUUUUUUUUUGCUUUUUUUCUUUACUCAACUGUAUAGUUCUGCCACACUGAGACGUCAAACUGUCAUUUACAUUUCAUUUAUUAAAAAAAGCUUUGCAUCAGUUUCACAGUAGGAAGUCACACGGGGCAAUGUCAGAACUUAGUACAUAAAGGGAAUCAGGGCCAAUAGAUACAACUAGCCUUUGAUGCGAUGGAUGCCAUCAGAAAGAGAUACGAAAAGCUACUGGGAGAAACAUGCACUAAAAGAGAGCUAAAAAAGCUCUCCCUUUCAAACAAAGGUAAGCUUAAAAAAACCCCACAUUAAUAAUUGAGCUCUUCAUCUGUUAUUAGCUCCAUUUAACACACAGCUAGUUAAUUAAACAAGAAUUUUCCUUGCAAGCAGAUUUGAGUAUUGCCUGUUUACUGCCAAAUACUGGUUUGGGGUAUUCGAAAGUAUCUUUAAAAACUGUUAGACAAUGCAAAAUGUACAACAGAGGCCCCUAGCCUUAUAAAUACCUAGUAGGCCCACAAAACAAGCAAGCCUACAGUAUGGGUAUAUAGUAUGUAAUGUAACUGAUGACACCACCUGCAUACUAAUUCAUUUCUGUUAUUCCACAUUUCAAAUUUAAUUUCCACAUAAGAAAGCUUUUUCAAAAAUCAAGAGUUACACCUCUCGACAGCUGCUUUGUCUGUUAGUACUUGUGAUUGCUUUCAGUUCUUAAAUUUUUUACCAACAGCCUCUUACACCUCAUAGCAAUGCUACAUUUUUCCUCCCUUUGAUGUUGAAAGGUUAUAGAACUCAUUGUGAUUUUUCUUCAACUCAAUCUUAAGUGUACAAAAUACUUUUCCAAUAAAGCUUGUUAAAAUACAGAA